AUAGUGCCGGUAAAGAAACAUAUUCUAAAAUGUUUGUUUACGAGUUUAUGGCUGGUAUUGUGGAUCACAUAACAGGCGGAGAGGAAACGGAGUAUUAUGAUCCACAUGAGAACCGUAAAGUAGAGAAGCCCACGUCCUAUGCAGACACUAUGAUGCACUUACUGAAGGGAAGUAUAGGUGCGGGCGUCUUAGCGAUGGCAGACGCCGUUGCUAGAGUAGGAAUCAUAGGCAGCAUAUUUGGUAUUCUUCUAAUUGGUUCUUUCGCAACAUAUUGUGUACAACUACUUAUUGCAGCGCAAUAUAGACUCUGCAAAAAGUGGCGGCGUGGUUAUAUGGCCUAUCCAAAAUCGAUGUUUCUAGCACUGAAAGAUGGCCCACCUUGCAUGCGCUGGGCAGCAAAAUCUCUUUAUUAUUUCGUGGAUACAGUGCUUGUUUUAUGGCAGCUUGGUAUUUGUUGCAUUUACUGCGUAUUUGUUGCGGAAAAUAUAAAACAGGUUUGUGAUUAUUAUGGACAAGAAAUGUCAUUACGAUAUCACCUCUGCUUUUUAAUAGUACCUCUAACGAUCAUGGGUCUCGUCAAAGAUUUGAAGUUACUUACACCCUUCUCGUCUAUUUCAAACGUAGUUACAGCAUUUGGGUUUAUUCUUGUGUUCUUCUACCUUAUUGAAGAUGACGUUACAAUUGAAGAGGAAAAACUUCAACUUAAAGCUUAUAAAGAAAUUCCAUUUUUUAUCGGAACUACAUUAUUUGCACUCGAAGCAGUCGGAGUUGUGUUGGCAUUAGAGUAUAACAUGGAAAACCCAAAACGGUUUGUGGGAUUAUUUGGCCUAUUUAACAUCGGCAUGGCCAUCAUAAUGUCGCUUUACUUACUAAUGGGAAUUUUUGGAUACCUGAAGUACGGUGAUGACAUAAAGGCAUCGAUUACGCUGAAUUUACCUCAUAAUGAAAAAAAGGCACAAGUCGCGAAGAUUAUAUUUGCAAUAUCAAUAUUUCUAACAUUUCCACUACAGAAUUUUGUAGCCUACAAUAUUCUCUGGAGAAAGAUUAAAAAAGCGUUAGGACACCAGAAGCACAUAUAUUGUGUCGAUUAUAUGCUGCGUAUAGUACUUGUUAUUUUACCAUGGUCGGUAGCCGUAGCAGUACCUAAGCUUGGACCCUUUAUCGCAUUGUUUGGCGCGCUCUGUCUCACACUAUUGGCAAUGGUGUUUCCUGGUUUGAUGGAUGCGUGUGUGUGGUACCCCAUAGGCUAUGGAUUAUGUCGCUAUCGUUUGGUGCGUGACAUAUUUAUCGUAAUAAUAGGGCUCACGUGCCUUUUCUCGGGGUGCUACACUAGUCUACUCGAGAUAGCAGCUGUUCAUGAUGAAGAAUAA